AUGGUGUUGCCGCCAGAAGCCGAGUACAAUCGCAGCGAAUACAAGCGCGACACCAAGUACAUCGCUGGAUAUCUUUUGAAGGCUUCCCGGAAAUGCGGGUUUGUGCCGACGCCUUCUAACAACAACUCUUACAAUCAUGAGAUUUGCGAAUGUGACUUUGAGCCAAUGGCUCAAUGUAUCGUGGACAAUCCACAAAAGACAUCUAUACCUUCGUUUAUACGUACAAUCCUAGUUCGGGCUAUUCGAUUUCGGCGGGAGGUGACAGCCUGGUAUCGCCUCAAGAGCUGCGAUACAAACGCGGAUCAGCAGCAUGAUGCUUUCUCUUCGCGCCUCCAGAGGACACUGGAUAUUCUGCGACCGCAUAUACCCAAGCCGGACAAUGAAAAAACGAAUGGCAAAACCGCUUCCUCGACGACGACCGCACUAGAACUAGGCUUCUCCAAACUGGCUUUGCAGGAUACCAGCGAGGACGAUGAGGAGUCUAUUGAACAGCCCGUGAUCGUAGAAGACUUGCCUUCUGUCCCGGCAGUAGAUAUUAGCUUGGACGAGGCGAAUGUAGAGGAAAACUUCUUCCUCGACAUCAAAAGCUUCGUAAGGGACAUGCAAUCUAUUCGGAAGUAUGUCUUGGAUCGAUGGACAGGAAAGUCCGAUCUGAUGACCAAAGCGUUCGUCACGAACACCGCGAUCGCAAUCGUGCGACAGAAAGAAUACGAGUUCGACCAAAGUCUAUCACGUCCGCCUCAGUACCCGGCGAAGGAUUUUCCUGUCUGGUGCCUACCUGCUUUGCUCCUUUUGAGAGAGCUCUAUCCAGAGAAACUUGGGGAUAAGAUCGGCCUCAAAAGAUUCAUCGAGCCUUCUGAUAUGGUGGGAACCUCCGGCGCAAAAUCUCGACUUUGCUUCUACCCUGUGUACAACGGCCUGAAAUUGCUCCUCAACACCAUUCAGUGGGCUCCUAGAUCGCAACACCUAGCGGCGUUUUUGGUGCACAAUCUUAGGGAGGAGCACCAGGAUCGAGACAUUCAUCCUCACGUUUUCGGUGCGCGAGAUAUGGCUUCAGUGCUUUACGUUCUCAACCAAGUUUCGUUGAAUUUACAUAACAUACCGGAGGAUGAAUUAACCCGCGGCAUUCGAUACAUGGAUAAGGAAGAUGCAAUACCUUUUUGGCUCACCUUUGCUAUGCAGAUCCAACUCGAAAUCAAUGAUCUUCCGAAGGAUUCCGUGGGUAACCCGCUCGAGGAUUUACGACGAGAAGUGACAACGGCGUCCAUACUUGUUCAAGAAAUCAAGACGCAUCCUAACAGUCUUGUCGACGUCCAUAGAGGCAAAGACUUUGAUUCGCUUGAGGGGCUCAUAUUAGACCUCAAAACGGGAUUCUUCGAUGACCAGAUUACUCUGCUUCUACAAGGAGUCCUCUUCCUCCUCUGCAGCGACAUUCUCCGGGACAUCCUGGACAUGUUUCGUAGCGACCCUGUUUUCGAGAACGACUUCCUGAAAGAACAGAAUAAGCCCACUCUCUCUCUGACUAUCGUUCUCCGAAUCCUGACCCUUGCCGCCAACGAAAUUAAACUACGCAAGCGCCAGCCAAAUCUCCCAGCGAAGAGAAUGGACCAGCUACGUGAGGUCUUCAACAUCAUGCAGAAGCACUACAUGCGUCCCAUGGAAACUACACCAGACGAAAAGACAUGGGCGGGCGACGUCUGCAUUGCGGAUCUAGUGAACACGGAAAAGGAACCCCAGAUCGGCGAAUACUGGAGUGCAGCGAAUUUCUUCAGUGGCCGCGACAUAUUCGCCCACGGUGGGCGUCGCAUUGACCCAAACAAUCUGGGACCUGCUGCUGCUGAGAAUUUGUACAAGAAUUGGGACUUUGGCGGGAGUAAAGAGGAGAGCAGGAUGUUCAACGCCCUCUCUAGGUUUCAUGCUGGACGGGGCGAGAGGGCGAUCGUGAGUAGAGCUCUGGAGGGGCGCUACGGAUAG